AUGUCAUCCGCUACCACGCCAGCGGAUCAGUUGGUCCCGUCCUCGUUGUCUGCCAACGCCAUUCGAUCCGCGCCGUACUCUUUUCGAGCCCCGAGCCCUCCAUUCAUCCAUAUACCCGCGCCCCAGAGAUGCUCAAACUCCAAAAUCGCCAUGGAGCUCCGGCCUCCGUCCGAGAACAUCGACCCGGAUCAGCUGUCCGGCCACGAUCUACAAGUCAUCACAGGAAAUACGGUACAAGUCGCACUGGAUCCCGCUGUGGACUGGGACUAUCAAGAUCGUCAUCGGGCGCAAGCCAUCCUGGACUUUCUCCAUCUCGGCCCAACCAGCGUCACGCGCGAUCACGCCUUCCUGCAACGCGAAGGUAUUACCAUGAUUCUUGUGGUGCGACCGUCGCUGCUGGCCAAAAAGAAACCGCUAAGCGUGGAAGCGGCCUCGAACAACCUGAAAAUACCUGCGUAUUACAUACACGUGGACGGCUUGCAAGGCCUCAUUCGGGAGUUUUCCGAGGCGAUCAGGGUCAUCAACAGUCAUUUGCUGGCUGUAAAUCACUCUCAGUCUAGCGGCGGCAGCAACGGCGAUGGGCGAAUCAUUGCACCGUCUGGCAACUUUCGUCGGGGCAAAGUGUUGGUAACGUGCGAAUCGGGGAACGACUGGUCAGCAGCUAUUGUCGCGGCAUAUGUCAUGUCCGUAUUUCGUCAAGGCAUGGUGGAGGCUUUGCAAUUCAUUGGACGCCAGAGAUUCUGUUGCGUAUUUGACGAGGAUACAAAGCGCAUUUUGCAAUCAUGGCAACAAAUCCUUUUGGCAGGCUCGGCAGUUGCUCAGCAUAGACGCCGUCAGCACUUGGAAGCGGUCCAACCUGAGCAGAAUGGACUUUGCCCCGACGGUCCGCUGCAAAACGGUCGCGCAAUGGGGACCGGCUCUUCGUCCUCAAAGAGGAGAUGGGAUGACAUGAUGGGCAUGGGCGAGGAUGACUGCCAAAGUUCUGGAGAAGCCCACAUCGCAGACCUGGACAGAUUUACAGACCGGCCCCCGUUUGCACCGUUCGCCGAUGUCAUGAACGGUAACUAG